AUGUCCAUGGCUUCCAGGAAAUCAUUGGCGGGCAGUCCAGCUAUUCACCGCCGACUCGAUAGUAUACAGCGAGGAGAACGACGAGCCCGAUCUAGUUCGCGCGCCCGCAAGACCGAAGUGCAGUUCGAUGAAGCCUUCACCUACUCCCUCCGCAUCGCAUAUCUGCACUAUCUCUUGCAGCCAAAGCGGAAGCAGAAACAGUUUGUCCCUGCCCCUAAACGUCCCCAGAGAGCAUAUACUUCGGCCGCCACAGAUCUUGUCAAGGAGCUGCUGCCACAGAGUUCCUCGACCGUAAAACUUCCACAUGGGUUUCGCAAGCAUCUCGACAAACGCAUGGCCGGCGUCAUGGCUGGGGCGGAAAAGGCGCCCGGCUAUGGGGACGCCGAUAUCAAGAGGUCUUUUGCCGAGGCAUACAACAGUUUUGGGAGCGCUGCCAUGCAGAAGAUUAUAGACAAGGAUAGAAAGCUCGAGGGUGUUGUCAUGACUUUCUACAGUGCUGCAACCAAAUCAUGCCGCCCGCUUCCUGGUGCUCCAGCGGUCGAUGACUCCUGGAAGCUGCUCGUCGAUAGACAUGUCGCCAUGUUUGUACGUUUGGUUGCCAACGUCUUGAAAGAUAUGGGAAGUGAUCGCGACAAACCGGAACUUAUGAGCCGCCUAAAGACUCUCGAGCAGAAGCUACUCACGAACGACCAAAACCUUUUCGUCGACACAGGUCAGGAUGGAGGGAAGUACAUCGAAGUUGAUGUCCCACUUUCCUACGAUGUGAAAGAUAUGCACAUGGUUCAGGUUGUUGCAAGGCUGUUUGGUAUGUCCAGCUCAGACGUGCACAACCACAUUGAGAAACAACGACCCAACUGGACGGAGGAUGCUGCUCUCAGAGACCUUAAGUCGUACCAGCACCGACUCAAUUCUGGCAUGUCUGGGACCUUACAGAGUCAUGAUUUCGAUAUUGAUGAAGCUUUUCAAGAAUGGAAGAAAGCAGAAGCACCACACCUAUCGGCCAUGAUGAAGGACAUUCUGACGGCAAAACCGAGCUUGGUCAGAAUGUCAACCGCCAGUCUUGCCUUCGAGAAACCACUCCCUUCGAGCCCAACUUCUGGAUACGACGAAGACCAAUCUUAUGCAGACCUCAGCCGCGCACUGUCCAGUCCUGAUUCUGCAUCUGGCUUGGAUUCGCUCAGCCUUGGCUCCAUGUCUUUAGACGAUACCAGCAGUAUCAGGAGCGUUGAUGAUGCACACUAUACUUUUAUACCGCCGGAACCCCGUGAGUAUUUUAAGACCAUUGCCAAGUAUGCGAUGGAGUUUGAUUCAAUGCAUGCCGACAAAAAUGAGCAACCGGGUCUGUUUUCAAAGGAAAGCAUGGACUUGUUGACCGAGCUGAGUGUUCAUUGGCGAAUCCCCCAAUUCACACGGCUCGUAGUUUUCUUGGAACUGGCAGCCGCAAAAUAUCUCGAUUCCAUGUUCAAAGCCGAGGAUAUUGACAGAGCUUUCGAUUCGAUCAAAAUUCCACCUCCGGAGACGAAAAAGCCGCCGCACAUUUAUCUAUACAACGAAAGUCUUGACACGAUAGAUAGGAGCAGGUGGACAAUACACGACUUCGCCGUGUACCAACACACCCUGAAUAUGUUGCAUGAUGGACUUCUUCGCGAGGUUUUCCAGAACUUAAUGCAAUGUUAUGAGCCAAAGCCGCCAUCCAUCGCUUACCCGCUCGGUGUUCUGACCAGCCAGAUCUACUCGGAUCCAAGCUUCUCCCGGAGAGUCGAGGAGGAGGAACAAUUUACAGUAACCCUAAACGAGGGUCUUAAAGAAAGAGCUGGAGAGAAGUACCGCGAGUACUUGAACUCUGAAAUACCUGAAGAUAUGGCAGAUUGGGAUUUUGCACAUGUUUUACAGCUCGGCAAAUCGGUGGCCAAGCUAUGUGACAGAAUCAGGAAGCGGUAUAAAGCAAAGCCAGAAAUCAUGGGGGUUAGCCCUUUGAAAAUUUUGGUUGGGACCAUGUUUCCAAGCUUCGAAGAUGACGCCCCUCACAUGAUACAAGAGAUCAUUAACAAUGCCCAGAAGCGUGGCGAAGAAUUCGGGUCUGAAGAUGGCUUUGCAUUGUAUAAAGAAUUGGUCGAGAUUCGACAGAUUCACCGAUCCUUGCUGCCUGACACACCAUUCGCAUUCGACAUCGAGGAACUUCUAGUGGGGUUUGUUUGGCGGUGGAUUGCAAAUGCUGAGGAGUUUACAGCAAACAUUGUAGAGAAUGCGAUCAAGCAAGAUCAAUUUCAGGUCCGGCCAGGACGAGACGAGCUAACACCUGAGGAUGAAGACCGCCACAGCCAUUCCGUCAUUGAUCUUUUCAAGAGCUUCAACCAGACUGCCAACCAAAUCUUUGAGCUAGAGUGGGACAAUGAUAUCCAUCAUGCCAAGUUCAUGACUGCUCUUUCAAGAAUAUUUGCCAAUGGCCUUGCAAGAUAUUGCGAAAUCAUCGACAUCAGGUUCAACAAAGAAAUGGAUGCCCCUCGAGCGAAUGAGCAAGAAGCUUUGGCUGCGGCUCAGACGGCGCAAGGCAAAUUCAUGAAGUAUGCCAAGGAUGCCUGGAACAACAAGGAGAGGAUCGAGCCUUUCCAGUUUUAUUCUGAAUCUUUGGUCAAGCUCAACAACAUUGAAUACGCUAUGCAAGAAUUGGAUAAGCUCGAGAAACUGAUAAACGUCGAUGCCUGUGCUGCUUUGCUGGAGAGGGCAGAAGGUCCCAGGAAACCCACCAAGCGUCCUCAGAAAUAUGUCUUCACUGUCAAGAUCGUUGAGGCUGAAGACCUCAAGGCAUGCGAUGCCAAUGGAACGAGCGACCCAUAUGUGGUGCUUGGUGACGAGUACCAAAAGCGUAUUGCCAAGACAAGAACCAUCAUGAGGACGCUAAAUCCCAAAUGGGAUGAGUCAGUAGACAUCAAUGUUUCAGGACCUUUGAAUCUUGUCGCCACAGUCUGGGAUUAUGACAUGUUUGGAGAACAUGACUUUGUAGGCAGAACCACCUUGAAGCUUGAUCCAAACGGCUUCCGCGACUAUCUACCUCAAGAAAUAUGGCUUGACCUGGAUACACAAGGGAGGUUGUUGGUACGUGUCAGUAUGGAAGGCGAACGUGAUGACAUUCAGUUCUAUUUCGGUAAAGCUUUCAGACAUCUGAAGAGGACGGAGCGCGACAUGGUGCGCAAGAUCACAGAUAAGCUUACGACGCAUAUCAAUGCUACACUUUCCCAUGAGAGUUUACGCAACCUGCUAGGGCGAAAUCUGUUGCAGUCUGCUACAAGUUUAUGGAAGAGGCAAUCAAGAGUGCCUACACUCACUGAGGGCGACAUUGAGAACGCCUUGCAAGGCCUUUUCACGUAUUUUAACGAGAACUUUGCCAUUAUGAAAGGCACACUGACAGAUGCCACUAUGGUGGCUGUCAUGACACGACUCUGGAAAGAAGUUCUAAUGGCCAUAGAAUCUUUGGUUGUGCCGCCCUUGUCAGAUAAGCCUUCUAAUCAGAGGCCACUCACAGAACGCGAACUGGAGGUGGUCUAUAAGUGGCUUCAGCUACUAUUCGAUUUCUUCAACGUUCGCGAUGCCGAGACGGGCGAAGUAUUGGGAGUCCCGGCAGAAGUGCUCAAGUCGCCUAAGUAUCACGAGCUCGCCUCGCUCAACUUCUUCUACUUCGAGACGACAGAUCAUCUCAUUCACACCUCGGAGCGCAUGGCCGCCGCCACGGCUCAGCGUGCUCAGCAAGCCAUGCAACAACAACUUGCUACAAACCCGAAUCGACUGAGUGCGCCGGCGGCUUUUGGUGGAUAUGGCGGCUCUGCGGGCCCGGCGUUUGCAUCAAUGGGCACCAUUAGACGCGGAAAGAGUAUUAUGAUGAGCCGAAAUCUGGGCACCAUGCGCAGGGCCAAGGAGGAGAAGCGGAAGGAGGCACAAGCAGAUCCAAGCGAUGAUAUGAUACUGAGGAUUUUGAGGAUGAGACCCGAGGCCACGAAUUACCUUAAAGAAAGGAGUAGGCAAAAGGAACGCCAGGCUGCGGCGCAGGCUGCUGCGUUGAUAGUGAAGCAGAGCGUCAACCAAGGCUGGGCUUCUGGCGGGUUUGGAAGAGGUGGGGUGCCACGGAGGUAA